CUUGUUUUUUGAUCUUCAUCCAUGUUCUAUAAGCUUAAGAACUGGAACAUAUUAGCCUUUUACUUGCGGAUAUGACUGCGAAUGUAAAGGUGGAGUACGCCAUUAAAAUCUACCGAAUUUGAUGGUUUAUGUCACUUUGUUUUACCAACCACUCCUGCCACCUCUUUUGAGCUCUUCCUCCUCUUUAGUGUAUUAUAAAUAGCUCUAGAACUUGAGCAACCUUCCAACUGUAUGUUCAUUCAUUUCUAGUAGAUACUCAUUUGCCAUAAAUUCAGGUUUGGGAUUGUUUUCGUUCGUCAUUAUUCUCCGUCUGACUUGUGCCGCCCAGGUGUUUGAAUAAUUUCUUUAGGGUCAAUUUCUUAUGUCCAUGUUGUGAAGAAGAUUUAAUAUGCAUUUCCUUAAUGGAUUAUGGGUUCUUUAAUCGGAAUAGACUUCUUAGUUGUAUUUCUAGUAGUUGAAAUAUUAGCUUAGUUGGAAUUCUUAUCACUUCAAAGUAGUAAAAUUGAAAUUAAGUAAUUUUUUUUUGCCAAGUCGAAAUAUUUAGAAAAGAGAGGAUAAGUCCUAAGCCUACCACAAAACUCCCAGGUAGCUUAGGUACUAACACGACUCAAUUCAAACUAUUGAUGUUCUACAUUUGUCUUUUUUUUAAUAUCAAGUCAUCGGUUCAGCUGUUGUUGUUAGACGCUAUCUUGUCUUGUCUUUAGUUCAUUCAUGAAUGGCCAGCAGCAGCAGCUUGGUGCUUCAUCGUUGUUGGUUUUUGUCAUCCUAUCAACAUCUAGCUUGCCCACGGAUAUCUCUGAGACUAACGCUAAACUUCAAUCCAGUAUCUGCAAUUACUGCUGUUGUUACUUCUUCAACAGUCAAGGCCUCCUCUGAGAGGUGCAGUAGUGGUCACCUUGGCUUACGGACAUCCAACAGAAAGUCAAACCAGUUCUUAAGAAGAUGCUCCACCAAUGCAUUUGUUGUUGUUAAUGAUGAAAAGUACGGCAAUAAGCAGGUUAUUAGUGUGACUCCAUGCCUUUAUGAUUACAUCCUUGCCAACACUCGAGAGCCAGAGAUUCUACGGCAACUUCGAGAGGAGACUGCCUCUAUGCGUGGUUCUCAGAUGCAGGUAUCUCCAGAUCAGGCACAGCUUCUUGCAAUGCUUGUUCAGAUUCUUAAGGCAGAGCGGUGCAUUGAAGUUGGUGUUUAUACUGGAUAUUCAUCAUUGGCAAUUGCAUUGGUCCUCCCAGAAUCAGGUCAUUUAGUUGCCUGCGAAAGAGAUGCCAAGUCUCUUGAGAUAGCAAAGAAGUACUAUGAGCGUGCAGGUGUUUUGCACAAGGUGGAUGUUAGAUAUGGACUUGCUGCUGAUGCACUAAAAUCAAUGAUUCUGAAUGGUGAAGCUUGCAGCUAUGAUUUUGCAUUUGUUGAUGCCGAGAAGAGGAUGAAUCAGGAAUACUUUGAACUGCUUCUACAACUGGUGAAGACUGGGGGUCUCAUUGUGAUUGAUAAUGUCCUUUGGCAUGGAAAAGUUGUUGACCCCAUGGUAAACGAUGCCAAGACAGUUAGCAUCAGGAAUUUCAACAAACGUCUACUGGAGGACAAGCGUGUAAACAUUAGUAUGGUACCCAUUGGAGAUGGCAUGACCAUAUGCCAGAAAAGAUGAUCUCAUAGCAAAAGCUGGUUUUUUGAUUAAUCGACAUGGCUUGUAAUAACAUCGUUGAUUGAGUACCGCACGUGAAAAAAUACUUGGUGAGUUUCAGAGCGCUUCUUGCAAAACUAUGGCGGCAUUCAUGCAUGCUUGAGGUGUGAAUCAGAUGUUGAAGGCGGCAUAUCAUGCAUGCUGAAGUCGUGAUUCUGCCGAGUAAGCGGAAGUAGAGAUCGUUUUGAUGCUAUUAUGAUUUAGUUGGCUAGUUUCGUGACCUAUUGAAGGUGUUUAUGAGUGAAUUAUAAGCUGGUUUUCCCUAUAAUUUUAGAUACGGUUUGAUAUUUUUUGAAAAAAUGUAGACAGUUUGAUGCUUAUAUACAUUUUAUUUUUGUCCA